CUGGUAAUUAAUUGCAUCUCUCUGUGGCUCUGCUAGCUCUCUCAACGGGUCUUCUAUAUUUUCACUAUUUCCACAUAUAAAUCGAUAUUACGUAUCUGUAUCAAUUUAGAAGAUUAGUUAGUGAAUAUGACAAGGGAAGCAAUGGAGAUGCCACCGAAGGGUGGGUUCAGCUUCGAUUUGUGCAAGAGGAACGACAUGCUUGUGAAGAAGGGUUUGAAGGAACCCUCAUUUCUCAAGACUGGGACAACCAUUGUGGGCUUAAUUUUUAAGGAUGGUGUCAUUCUUGGAGCAGACACACGAGCCACUGAAGGACCCAUUGUUGCGGAUAAGAAUUGUGAGAAAAUUCAUUACAUGGCCCCAAAUAUUUACUGCUGUGGAGCUGGGACUGCUGCUGAUACAGAAGCUGUUACAGAUAUGGUCAGUUCCCAGCUGAAGCUACACCGUUAUCACACUGGUCGUGAGUCCAGGGUCGUGACAGCUCUUUCACUGUUGAAGUCUCAUCUUUUCAGCUACCAAGGAUAUGUCUCAGCUGCUUUGGUGCUAGGUGGAGUUGAUGUCACAGGCCCACAUUUACAUACUAUAUAUCCACAUGGUUCAACUGACACUCUACCAUUUGCCACAAUGGGUUCUGGUUCCCUUGCUGCAAUGGCUGUCUUUGAGUCAAAGUACCGUGAAGGACUGGCUAGGGAUGAAGGUGUGAAAUUAGUAUCUGAGGCCAUAUGUUCUGGCAUAUUCAAUGACUUGGGAAGUGGAAGCAACGUAGAUAUCUGUGUAAUAACCCAGGGGGAGAAGGAGUACCUGAGAAACCACAUGUUGCCGAAUCCCCGCACCUAUAUUAGUGAGAAGGGUUAUUCCUUUUCCAAGAAGACUGAGGUAUUGCGGACGAAGAUUACUCAACUGAGAGAGAUGGUGGAAGUGAUUGAAGGAGGUGAUGCAAUGGAAGAAUGAGCUUUUCUUUUCAAAAUGUGGCGACGGCUUUUCUUAUUGAACUCACCCUAUUCUCGUGAGAUAUGGCCUUAGACAACCAACUUGGUUAUUUUUAUGCUAUCCAACAUAAAACUAAGUCUUAGUUUGAAACUUGUUUUCUGGUGGUGCAUGAUCAAUAUAUUCGGGAUCGCAACUUCCAGAUCUCCCGUCUUAUUUUUCGUCGUAUAAACCUAGUACAUGUAUUGAUCUAUUGUGGUACAUUAUGAAAGCUUAGACGCUUCUCUACUCGGUCCUCAUUGACUUUAUUUAAUUCUACCUUCUCUUAUAAGAGCCGCUUUGGAAUUUACUAUUCA